AUGAAGAUCUCAUCUUGUGGUAUUCAUGGCUUUCAUGAGACAGUAGGCAUUGAUAGCGAUGUCUUACUUUUUCACUGGAAGCUCGAAAGUGAUCGUGAAGGAGAGAAGCAAGAUGCCUAUCAAGUCAUCGUACGCAAGGGAUCUAGUUCUGGAGAAGUCCUCUGGGACUCAGGGCGUUGUGAUGGGUCACAACAGAGAAAUAUUCGAUGCGAACCUCAAGGUGGUUUUAAAAGCUGCACCUACUACGUCUGGGAGGUGACAUCAUGGAAUCAGCAUGGAGAAACCUGCGAAAAGAGUAGCGACUUCUUUACUGCCUAUCCACGGUCCGAUCAUCUUCCUCCUCUGAGUAUGAAUCAAACUUAUAUGCCUCAUACGGCAUUAAUCUUUCGUACCUGGUUUGAAGAUAUGGACAAUAAAUGGAAAGCAUGGUGGAUUGGCGACGGGGGAGAAAAGCCCCUUUAUCUUCGCAAAACCAUCACGCUCGAACGAAAACCGAUGAGAGCUGUUGCCUUUGUCUGUGGACUCGGACAUCAUCAAUUCAGAGUGAAUGGACAAGCGGCUUCAGAGCAUGUACUUGAUCCAGGAUGGACGGAUUAUCAUACGACCGUUCAAUACGUAGCUCAUGAUGUUACGGAGCGACUUUCGGUUGGAGAGAAUGUGCUUGGGGCACAUAUUGGGAAUGGUUUCUAUGCUGGUGAUCAAGGGGACCGGUUCUUUUGGCCAAAGUAUGAAGAUAAUACAUAUGUUCGUUAUGGAAACGAGCUUUGCUUUUUUGCCGAAUUGCAUCUUUUUUAUGAAGAUGGAUCACAUGUUGUUGAGAUUUCGGACGACAAAUGGAGGGUCGCACCCAGUGCAACUCUAUUAGCAAAUAUUUAUGCGUCCGAAACUCAUGAUCGCCGUUUAUACCCGAUAGGUUGGGAUGCACCAGGCUUUGAUGACAGUUCAUGGAAACCGGCAAAAGGGCUGACAGGCCCAAGAGGCGCUCUAAAAUAUCAAAGUCAACCACCAGUUGUCCUUCAUGAAACUUUCACGCCAAUCAAGGAAAUCUCUCCACGGCCCGGAACUAUCUGUCUUGAUUUGGGGCAAAACUCAUCUAUCAUGACUGAGAUCGAGGUUGAAGGAGAAGCUGGAAGCGAAAUAAUAAUCAGAUAUGGAGAAACGACAUAUGAAGAUGGCACAAUUUGUAUGCCUGAUCCAUUAUUCAAGGAAUUCGAGACAAAAGUGUACUCGAAAUUCAUCCUGGCCGGAACAGGUGGUAAGGAACAUUGGACGCCUGAUUUUUGUUUCACGAGUGCGAGAUAUAUACAGAUUGAAGGUGUACGCAAUGCGAAAGAUACGGAAUCGAAAUUACCGAUCCUACAUUCUGUCUGCGGUAGACACGUAUCGUCCGCUUCUCCAAGACUAGGAACUAUGAAAACCGACAAAGAAGACGUCAAUGCCCUUCUUUCGGCAUUGAAGUGGACUUUCUCGAGUAACCUCUUCAGUUACCACACCGAUUGCCCCCAAAUUGAAAAGUUCGCGUGGCUGGAAGUCACUCAUCUUUUAGCACCUGCUACACAAUACAUGUGGAACAUGGAAUCUCUCUACACAAAGAUACUAGACGACAUUCUGGAUGCCCAAGAGCGAUCAGGUCUCAUCCCUACCAUGGCGCCCGAAAUGAGAUAUAUGUGUGGUCCCUUACACGACACAAUCACAUGGGGCUGCGCACUCAUCCUCAUCCCCGACAUUCUUCAACGCUAUUAUGGAACCACAAAAUCUAUUGCCAAGAUGUACCGAGCAGGCGAACGAUAUAUGGCCUAUAUAAAAGGCAAAGAGCGUUUUGGUGGAUUAAUCGAACACGGUCUCGGAGAUUGGGGCCGAGGAAUCGCGCAUGGAAAUGCACAAGCAAAUAUUGAAACAGCCAUAUAUCAUGAAUGUCUACUCUGCAUGUCGCGAUUUGCUUCGCACUUAAAUUUAGACGAUGAGAAAAAGAUUUGGGAGAAAGAAGCAAAGAGAAUUUAUGAUGUGUAUAACAAGCAUUUGUUAGUAACAGACGAUCCAUCUCGUCCUCACGCUUACUAUACAUCUCGGGACGACUACCCCAAUCGCGAUUGUGACGCUGUAUGUCAAGCUCUCGCUCUCCAAUUCAAUAUGGUCCCCGAAGCGCACAUCUCUGCCGUCCAAGCAUCAUUUCUCUCCGAUGUCUCGGAUGGCAAAUUGCGCUCUGGAGAAAUCGGUCUAAGGUAUCUCUUUAACACGCUUGGAGAUCUAGGACGAUCUGAUUUAGUGCUGCAAAUGGCGAGACAGGAGGAACAUCCUAGUUACAUGCGCUUUUUACGUAGAGGAGAAACUACUCUACUUGAGUUCUGGCAGGAUGAAUGUAGGAGUAAGUGUCAUGAUAUGUUGGGGAGUAUUUUGGAGUGGUUUUAUGUCUAUGUCUUGGGCUUGAAGGUUGGGGAGAAGGGAUGGAGAACUUUCACUGUGGCUCCUGAUUACCAUAGCGAGUUUGGUACUGUGGAAGGAGAGUUUGAGAGCCCUUACGGGAUGAUUAGAUUGAGUUGGGGUAAGAUAGGUAGUGGGAUUGAGAUGAAGUUAAGUGUACCCGUUGGAUCAACAGCUACGGUCGUUUUGCCCAAGGAUAAUUGUCAUGUUUUGAUUUGCAGACAGCGUUCAGAUGAUAAGGAGUGGGCCGAGCAAGGCAACAGGGUUGAGCUUGAACAUGGAACUUAUGCACUACAUUUCUCGAUAUAA